UCCACUACUUUUUAUGUCCCAUGUCAGACCAGUUCAACUAGGUAAUCCAGCGCCAGCAAUAGAGGCUUCCAAAACACCGACUUUUAUCCCAACAGUAGCAAACGAAGGAGGAAAACACUGGACUGUUAAUGAAGUCAGAGCUCUGAUACGCAUAUGGUCAGACAAAAGUAUCCAGCAACAACUGGAGGGGACAGUGAGAAAUAAAAGAAUAUUUGAGCAGGUUGCUGCCAGACUGCAAAAGUUUGGAAUUGACAGGGACUGGAAGCAGUGCAGGACAAAAUAUAAAAAUCUGAAACACGAAUACAAGAGUGUAAAAAAUGCCCAAGACUCAGGGAGUACGAGUAAAAGUAUGAAAUUUUUUAAUGAACUGGAUGCUAUUCUGGGGCACAGCACCAUGGAACAAGCAAGUAAAUCAGAUAAUGAUGAAAGUGAGAGGCCUCCAGAAUGGACUGAAGCAAAAGCAGAAAAGGACUGCAUAGAAAUGCCUGGAGACACAGGCGAAGAGGACUCUGUUAGUAGUGUGUCAGAAGACCUACGGGUUGCAGAUAUUAAGAAGGUUUCUGACUCAGAUGAUGUCACUGUAAAUACUACUCCAGAGAAUCUGGCAGCUCUGCACAUAACGAAAGAAACAGCUAUGACAAAAAUCCUCGAGGAUGAGGAGGACUUCACUAAUUCCAACCAGGCAGCCACACAAAUAAAGAAGGAGAUGAUUGACAUCGAUGAUGAUUCUAUAAGCACUACCUCAGAAGACAGAUCUUGUACACCAGUAGCAAAGCGGCUAGUUGGGACAGACAAUCAAAUUCCCUUGGAUGAAGCACAAAAUCACUUUAAAGUUAUUACAGUUAAUGAUACCGGAGCAGGAAAACACUGGAGUGAUAAUGAAGUCAAAGCUCUGAUAAACAUAUGGUCAGAUGAAAAGAUACAGCAAAUGCUUGAAGGAGCCACAAGAAAUAAAGAAAUAUUUGAGGAAAUUGCCAGAAGGUUGAUGAAACGUGGAAUAGACAGAGACUGGAAACAAUGUCGCACAAAGUACAAGAACCUAAAAUAYGAAUACCGAGCACUGCAGAAAGAAAAUGAGCAUCAUGGUAAUCCCAGGAGAAAAAUGAGGUUUUACGAUGAAGUUGACUGCAUCUUAAGGAGACAGCCUCUAGGCCCAUCAGGCUGGGGGAGUGAAAGCUCCAGCCUCCUAUCAGUUUCAGUGGGAGAUGUUACAUCAAACACGGGAUCGUUGGGCAUCAAGAGAAAAAUAUGGAAUGAUGAAAUGUCACCUGUUCCACUCAAGAAAAGUGCUUCUGAAAAUACCAUACUCCAGGUCCAAAGACUAUUAACAGAGAAAGUGCAUACAGUAACAGAAGGCAAAAAGUUACUGUUAGAAAGGCUGUGUAAGCAGGAAGAAAUGCAAGACCUCAGCAGAUCACAGCUCUAUAGUGAUCCAUCAGCCAUACAACAGGUGCCGCCCGCAGCCGCCGCAACCAUGGCCCCCGCCGCAGAGCUGAAACUUGGGAAAAAAGUUAACGAAGGGAAAACGAAAGAGGUGUACGAGUUGCCGGAGAUCCCGGGAUGCGUCCUGAUGCAGUCGAAGGACCAGAUAACGGCGGGAAAUGCAGCCAGGAAAGACCGCAUGGAAGGCAAGGCUGCGAUUUCCAACACAACGACUAGCUGCGUGUUCCAGCUGCUCCAGGAAGCAGGGAUUAAAACAGCUUUUGUAAGAAAACACAGUGACACAGCAUUUGUAGCAGCCCACUGUGAAAUGAUCCCAAUUGAAUGGGUGUGCAGGAGAAUCGCUACGGGCUCCUUCCUCAAAAGAAACCCUGGUGUCAAAGAAGGAUAUAAGUUUUAUCCACCCAAAAUCGAGAUGUUUUAUAAGGAUGAUGCCAAUAAUGACCCACAGUGGUCUGAGGAGCAGCUCAUAGAGGCCAAGUUCUGUUUUGCUGGACUUACUAUUGGACAGACAGAAGUGGAUAUUAUGGCACGUUCGACCCAAGCUAUUUUUGAGAUCCUGGAGAAGUCAUGGCAGCCCCAAAACUGCACUCUGGUAGACUUGAAGAUUGAAUUUGGUGUUAAUAUUCUAACAAAAGAAAUCGUUCUUGCUGAUGUCAUUGAUAAUGAUUCAUGGAGGCUGUGGCCAGCAGGAGACAGAAGCCAGCAAAAGGACAAACAGUCUUACCGGGACCUUAAAGAAGUUACUCCUGAAGCACUGCAAAUGGUUAAGAGAAACUUUGAAUGGGUUGCAGAAAGAGUAGAGCUGCUUCUGAAAACGAAGAGCCAAGGGAGGGUUGUGGUGCUGAUGGGAUCUCCUUCCGACCUCAGUCACUGUGAAAAGAUCAAAAAGGCCUGUGCCACCUUUGGGAUCCCUUGUGAGUUAAGAGUGACUUCUGCUCACAAAGGGCCAGAUGAAACUCUGAGGAUCAAAGCAGAAUAUGAAGGAGAUGGAGUCCCCACGGUGUUCGUUGCGGUGGCCGGCAGAAGCAAUGGUCUGGGGCCGGUGAUGUCUGGCAACACUGCCUACCCCGUGCUCAACUGCCCUCCGCUCUCGGCCGACUGGGGGGCUCAGGACGUGUGGUCUUCCCUCCGGCUACCCAGCGGUCUUGGCUGUGCUACUACUCUGUCACCUGAAGGAGCUGCUCAGUUCGCUGCCCAAGUAUUUGGGUUAAAUAACCACUUGGUGUGGGCAAAACUGCGAUCAAGCAUGUUAAAUACAUGGAUCUCCCUGAAGCAGGCAGACAAAAAGCUGAGAGAGUGCACCCUGUAAGUCAAGCUAAUAAAUAACGACUUGCGUGGUGAGGGCGUGCACAUCUGCAUUAGGAUUUAUACUUGGGUGAGAUGAAAAAUACCUUUUCUUGUAGAAGGAAGUAUUAUUAGAACAGCUAAGUUUGCAUCUUCAUCCUUCUUUAUUUUUUUAAUAUACCAUAGUGAAAGACGAGGGAGUAGUGUUUUCUUUCUGUUGCUCCAGACUGGUGCUGCUCUGCCUUUUAAUGUAUAGUUACCUAUGGUCUCUGUUUAAUGUCAAGAUAAUGAUUUGGUGUAAUCUAAAUAGAAUUUCACUUGUUUUUAGUAACAGUUCUACUCUACUGUAGUAAUAAUGUAAGUCUAAACAUAUUGACUGCUAACGAAAACCAGUGUUGAUGCUGUCUUGCUUGCAAUGAUGGUAUGCUUUCUUUAGCAAUAAUCUGGUACCAUACACUAUACCACUAGGAAAAUAAGCUGGAAAAAAAUGUGGAAUGACUGAAACACCUGCCUUAAAACCUAUCACUGUUUUCUGGAACGAUGUGUUAAAAGUUCAUGCCAGUUUUCUUGUUUGUGACAGGCCACAAACCUAAAUUAUCUUGAUUCAGACUAGGUUUAUUGCCCAGCUGYUCUAACUAGUUAAGCCUCUUAUAAAUAUAAGGCAGAUCUCUUUUUCUAGCUCUGAAAGACCUAUGCUAUUGUUAAAUUGCCUUCAUUUCACUGAAUUCUAACUGUUAUGUAUCUGUAUUUCCUCAUUCUUUAUUUCUAUGGAGAUUUUAUUGAAGGUGGGAAUAAAUAGUAAAGCAGCAACAUAGUGGGGAAAUGUCGGCAUGCCUGCCUUGGUGUCUUYGCACACACAGCUCUUCUGUUACCUGGUACUGAUUUAACAAAUGGGRCAGUUACUCCCUGUAUGUAACCUGUGCUUUUACAGCUAUAAAUAAACUACUGUAUU